GCUGGAACUACGAUGCCAUGCUCUGAAGGUUACUAAGUGAUGUGGUCCCCCCACUGUUAGGAUUGGAAGCCUGGGUUAGGGUUCGUACUCUGACAGAAGUUAUUGCCUGAUCACUUAUUGCCCCAAACAUCGCCCUAGACUCAUAGGAAAAUACAAUCCAAGUGCUUAACACUAUCAAACCAGAACUGGAUAGGUUGCUGGUUCCUUUCAAUUGUUUGGAUUACUUGGUCAAUACUUGGAGGAGUUGAGUUUUGUUCACCCUCCACUUAAGAGGGUGAACAUUAUCCUCCUUCCUAUUGGUUGAAAUGAUGUGGAUCCCACCACAAAGUGAUGUCAUGCGUACAAAAAAGUGUAUUGCAUGGUAAGCAUGACAUCAUUUUGUGAUGAGAUCCACACUAUUUCAACCAAUAAGAGGGAGGGUAAUGUUCACCCUCUUUUAAGGAGAGCGAACAAAAUUACACUCAUACUUGGAGUGUUUACUUUAUUAGAUUGUUUGCUUCUACACGGUUGAUCCAACCCCAGGCGACGCUGAGGACGAUGGUGUGGAUGAUGAAUACCAGCUUGAGGACCUUGAGGUUGUUGCAGCAGAUUAUGUAUUAAAAGUCAGGGCCUCUAAUUUCAGGAAAGCUUGGGAAAGCAUGGGCCCAGAUUAUGAGCAGGUAGAUGAAUAUGGUCUUGGUGCAAGGGAAAGCUUGGCAGAAGCUGUCAAAUACGGUAGUAGGCCUUCUUGGCAUGCAGCCCUGUGAGGGCACAGAGGCGGUCCCACCAAACUCGAGAUCGCACACUUGUUUAUUGUCUGGUUUUUAGAUGGGCAUAAAGGUUCUCCUUCGGUUGUUGUUUGGCAUUGACAGGCCAAAAGAAGUUGCAAUGAAACUUGCCAUUAGAUCCAAGGAUGAAUCUGUCAGCGAUGCUAUUCACGAAAUCAUAGCAAGAGGCUAGUUGGAUACUUGGAGGGUUUUUUUUUCGGUCAACUAUACCGUGUUUCCUUCUUUUUUCUUUUUGUGAAUGGGAUCGGAAAUUUAUGGCUGCCAAAAGACCCGCUGGCUAUGAGAUGAAAAUGCAUAGCAGUCUUGAGUUGGGAGUUUUGCUGGGUGCGAGGAUACUCCUCUACUAUGUAGUUCGUAUUUUGUGGAGAGAUUUAUUUGUAGAUUGUUGUAUCUAGCAUAUGCCUGAUUUACUGUUCCCUGUUCUGCGAAAUGAAUUUUUGAAGCACCAUUUCCAACGGUCUUAGAAUCGUUAAUGUUGUGUAUUAUUCAUUGUACACAUUCUGAACUUCCAAAAUAAAUUCACC